AUGACAUGGAUGAUCGGGCAUGGUGCAGAAUUCCGGGGUAUCCCCAUUCUUUAUAAUGAUGUGGCAAUGGUGUCAACACUUGCACAGCUACAAGCCUUCAUACGGAAGGUGUCCUGCGGCCAGGUGCCAAUGGCCCGGAAGAUGCGCUUCUGCUUUGACCUUGAUGGGACAUUGGUGUCCCAUCCCCCAGACAAGACAGCACGAUGCCAGCUGUUGGUGUCAGCGGUCGAACUGGUGCGCCAAUUACAUUCAGCAGGCCACACCAUCAUCAUCACCACAUCCCGGGGAAUGCCACACGGUGGAGGCGUUGAUCGAGCGAUUGCAGAGCAAGGCAUGGAAACCUUCAAGCUGCUGGAGGAGUUCGCCAUACCCUACGACGAGCUACACUUUGGCAAGCCUCAUGCAGACGUCUACGUCGACGCGCAAGCCAUCAACUCACAAGGAGACCUGAAUCGUGACCUUGGCUGGUAUGUGGGUUCUGGCGAGAGUGGGCAAGGCGGGAUUGAUGGUGCCAUUGAUGCGCGCUCCUUUAACAUGGUACGUUCGGCUGGCCAGUCACAUGUCAUCAAGUCUUCGAAGGUCGAUGUCCUCAAGGGAGAAUGUCACUGGUACCGGUCCAUUCCGCCGCGCCUUGCCGGCUACUUCCCACAGCUGAUCGAAAUCGAAGAAGGCGAUGCAUCUAGCAGCGAUGCAGUGUCAAGCAUUACAAUGGCCCGAGUUCUUGGGGUGACUUUCUCUCAUCUGGUGACCGCGAGGCUGCUUCUGCCAGAAGGGAUGCGAAGAUUGGUGCGGGCACUGCAUGCCAUCCACACAGAGAAGCCCGACGAGGGCUCCCAGCUCUCGAAGGAGCGGAAGGCCGGUAAUGCGGAUCUUUGUGCCAACUACGGCUCCAAGGUGAAGAAGAGAGCCAUGGAGCACCUCAGCUUAUAUGACUCUCUAGCAGAGGAGCUGGGCAUCAACGUCCGAAGGAUGGCGGAUGUUUUGGUCGGGUUUCUGGAGGACUUCGAGGCAUCGCAGAAAGCCCAGCAUGCGUUUUACAUCCAUGGCGACCCGGUCUUCUCCAACAUACUGAGGACCAACGAUGAUAGGAUCCUUAUGAUUGACAUGCGUGGACAGCUGGGGAAGUGGAUAACAACACAAGGGGAUGUCCACUAUGACCUGAGCAAGGUUUUCCAGAGCCUGUGUGGCUACGACUUCAUGCUGCUAGACCAAGUUCUGGAUGAGUCUGCUUCUGAGACUUUCGAUGCCUUGAGGGCUGCAUAUUGGGAAGAGGUCAGGCAAAGAUACCCUGACGUUUCACAUAGACAAGUUCGGCUUCUGACAGCGGCGCACUUCUUUACGAUUGUGCCGCUGCACGAGGUGCGGUCCAGGAUGGCCCGAUAUUUGCGAACCGCUCACUCCAUGCUGCAUGUAGAGGGCUUGCUGUAG